AUGAAGGAAAACAUCUUGCGGGUCCGUCGACGGUGUCUUUUCCUCUUAGAUGAUACGGUUAUGGCCGCAGCACUGCAGCGCCCCGAAUUGGCCAGGGAGGCGCUCACCAUUCUUUGCUAUCUGCGGCAAUUGAAAAGCACCACGGCUGAUACUGCUGUACCUACUGAACUAUUUCUCGUCAUGGACCGUUGGGCGCAGCAGCAGCAGUUUGCCGAUUGGCAAGAGUGCGUGGAAUGGUUGUUCUUUGUGUUGGAGAUGUCCGCACAGGGGCAGAUGACGGGAAAAGGCACCCAAUCAGGUGAACAAGGGAAUAAAACCAUAGGUGAUACUGUUGAAAAUAUAUGCAGAGAUGUACUGGAGCGGCUGGCUCUUCUUUUUGCAGAGGAGGCCCGCGCCUACAAUGCUGCAGCGCAUUCCUUUGCCGAAAACUACUGGGGAAGGGCACUGAAGCUUCAGCAACAGGAGGGAUUGCUCGGUAACGGCGAUAACGCCACGGUGAAUGUGGCUCAACAUCGUGUGACAUGGAGUGUCGCAGCGGAGUUGCCACCGCUCGUGGAACAGGUCUUCCUUUCUCCUUGA